AUAUGAACGUUAGUCUCACAGUGCUUGAAUCUUUCGACGUAGCAACAACGCAGCUUAAAAUAUCUCAUUGACAAUAUGGCUUCAAAUCAAGAAAACUCUAGCCAGGUGCCAAUCCUGCAUUUGCAAAGUUCUGACGGAGUCGUUUUUGACGUGGAGUUAGCAAUCGCUAAGCGCUCAUAUAUGGUAAAAACAAUGGUUGAAAGUUUAGGCGAAGAAGAAUUGGAUGAAGUUCUUACUCUAAAAAAUAUUAAGUCUGAUACUCUGGAAAAGGUUAUUGAAUUCGCUACUCAUCAUAAAAAUGAUCCCAUGCCAAAAGGAGAUGGCACGGAUGAAAAACCUCAAAUGACAGAAUGGGAUCAAACAUUUCUAAAGGUUGAUUUGGACACUCUUUUUGAACUUACUUUAGCAGCCAAUUAUUUAGAUAUGAAAGAUUUGUUAGAUUUGGUAACCCAAACAAUAGGCAAAGGACAUUUUAAAAAUACAUCAGUAGACGGACUGCAGAAGACUUCAGAAAUAUUGAUGCCAAAGUAGAGAAGCUCAUCCACCCUCUGCUUCUGAUGAUGACAAUGCCUUUUUUCAAAAUUAGACGAAAUAGUUUUAAUUAAAUAAGAGACCUAGUUAUAAAUACUUAUUGUUCGUGAUAAAAAUUACUAAAUAAAGCAGAUAUUCAACUAUUAAAGUAUAAAAA